UGAGGGUAAAAGAGGGAAGAGGGCAACACCUGAGAAAGAAGAAGACUGGUUGGGGAUAGAGAGAGAUACAGAGAGAUGUCGUUGCGGUGGUUGGAAGCAGUACUGCCAUUAGGGAUCAUAGCAGGGAUGCUCUGCAUCAUGGGCAAUGCUCAGUAUCAAAUCCACAAAGCUGCCCAUGGCCGGCCGAAGCACAUCGGCAACGAUAUGUGGGAUGUGGCAAUGGAAAGACGGGACAAGACACUCGUGGAAAAAUUGGCGGCUUCACCAAAUUAGCCCCUCCGAAUUCAGGAAGCUUUGCCGUUGGACUCAUCAGGAAUAAAGUGCUCAUAUGAUGUUUCAAGUUCUCUGGAUAUGAUUUGGGUCACCUUUUGCAUUCCUUUUCUCAUCUUUCUUGUAUCAACCUGGAUAAGCUUUUGAACUUCCUAAGGGUCGAGCUUACAUCUUGAUGUUGUUAACAUAUAAAAUCUUAAUAGCAUUUGGGUUGUUUAAAUUAUACUCGUAUUACCUUGUGAAUCACCACAGGUAGUUGAGACCUAUGUACUAAAUGGGACCGAUAUGAGUCCUAGUUUAAUGCAUCUGAUGUCUGUGAGAUGGUCAGUUGUUUUGGAGUUGGUUUGGUUGAUUCUACCACAGCUCUUUUCUAAUAAAAUGUUAUAGAUGUCAGUUCUCUAGAA